AUGGACCCUGCUGCUGAAUCUGUUUAUGCCGCUCGCGGUAGUUCCAACGUGAUCUACAUUGGAUACUCUUGGAACUAUGUCAAACAGCUCGUUUCUGGAGUUUCUGGCUUGACAGUCAAAAAGUUCAGAACCCCUGACGAGCCAUUUUCUUCUGGGUGGUACAAAGACAUUGACCCAGAGCACGUGAAGAUUAGAGCGAAGGACAAAUCUGUCAAGGUUUCCAAGGGCUCUUCUCGCGAUAAAAAGGCCAAUAUUUUACCGUCAAAGAGAAAGAGUAAAACAACCACUCUUCAUGACGCUGUGCGCUUAUUCACAGAGCCUGCUGCCCCUGUGAGCUAUGACAUGUUUUAUGGAAAGUCGGCUGCCGAUUUAGUCGACAUGGCCAAAGUCCUGGCACCGGACACACACUUCAAAUUUCUGGAAGAAAGCACUAAUGGAUCUCCUAGAGAUUAUCUUGCACGCUACACAGAAGCCAAGCUUCAUAUGGAGGCCACUGAAAGAGCUUGGAAAGAGAACCCCGCAUCAGCAAAUUCUGUAACUAGAGCUGGCACUAAUAGUAGCCUUAGUGAUAGCGGUACGCCGGAUUAUGUUGCCUUCACAGAUGGAGGUUCAACCCCCAGUGCAGGUGGCCCAGGUGGCUGGGGCUGCCUGCUGUUCAAUGCUACUGAGAUGCAUGUGUUUGCGCGCAGUUACAAAUCCACUACUAAUAAUCGCAUGGAGCUGCGGGGUAUCCUGUGUGCCUUGCUCAACGUCCCACAGGGCAGCGUUCUGCACAUAUACUCCGACUCGCAGUAUGCAAUCAAUUGCUGCAGGGUAUGGCUUACUCAGUGGAAGAAAAAAGGGUUGCUUUGCCCUCAAAACCCUAAUAGAAAAGAUAUCAUAAAUGCAAAGCCUCUCAACAAAGAUCUUCUGCUCUGGAUUUAUGCUGAAAUGCAAUCCCGAACAGUAAAGUUCGUCCAUGUUAAGGGACACUCCGGGAACAGCCUGAAUGACUUUGUCGACGGCCUCUGUUACCUCGGGCGUAGAAAGCAGGCCCCGGAGUACGAUGAUGUCUACUAG